UCUGCAGUCACAUCACUUUUAAGUCUCUUACGACUCUUACACUCGCAGUGUCGUGUCUCAACCAGUUCUCACAUUUCACAAUUCAUCAAAUUCCAGAUCAUAAAAUUCUUACAUCGCCAUUCGCCAUUGCCACUGACUUAUUGUUAGACUUGCGGCUUUGCACACAUGACUCAUGCUCCUCCAACAUUAUAUAAGAGACAAGAACUGACAGAAGGAGAGCAGCAGGGACAGCUCAUCGGAACAACUGCUUGACGCCGCACAACUCGACUCUCACACACACACACACACACACACAAUUCCUCUGCAGAUAUUAGGGCGCUGUGUCUUAAGACGGUCCUCACUCCAUUUUAAUUAUACAGAGAAAAACGUGAAAAGGACGAGCUGUUUGAAAAGUACAAUAUUAUGGACUCUUCUAACAAUAAGUGCGUAUCAAGCACCAGCGGGUCUGUUACUAAAAAAGAGUUCAAUGAUUUCGAGAAAUUAGUAACAUACCUCUUUGCUCAUACUCCAGCACCACACAAAGUAGAAGAGCACAGGAAUUAUAUUUUGAACGUGAAAGCAAAAUGCUCAACUUUGAUAACUCAACUCGAAAACCAUUGGAGAUACCAUGAAUCUGCUGAAGAUUUGGCCAUGCUUGAAAAGCUUUAUUAUACAAGAUCUAUAAUUGACAUAAAGUUCAACGCAAUUGCAGAAGAUACGGAGAGUUGUUUAGUUGGAAACCAACUCUUUGAUCAGCAGCGACAGCGAGCUUUUAAUGGUUCUCAUGCAAGCUCUGCCACGUUUCAAGAAUUUGAAAAACCCAUAGGAAGAGGACAGCGACUUAGGGAACCUGAGCAACCGCUUCGGUCGGUUGGUGGCCUUAGCAGUCAAGGGAGCAACUCAAUCAAUAAUCCUGUUCCUGUGCAACAACCAUUGUGGAUGCCAAGCAUUUCCAAUCCUCUGCUGCAACCAGCACCAACCAUAAGUAACUUCCCAGGCUAUUUUAUGCCGUUAUUGUUCAAUCCUUAUGGAGUGCCUGUUGGCAUUGUGCCAAUGCAGCAGCCGUCGCAGUGUGUGGUUCCUCCUCGAAGCAAAGCUCAAAAGAGUAUCGUUAAAAUAGAAACAGUAGAAUUGUCGGACUCUGAUGAUGAUAAAGAAUCGUCCAUCCAACGCGAGCCAUUGGCAGAAACCAAACAGCAGUUCAUGAUGUCACCACCUGAAACGGAGCAACCUGGCCUGCCCUCGCCUCCAAAAAGCCCACAAAUAUACUCAGUUCCUGUUGAAAUGGAAGAUAGUAUUCAUGAGGACCUUGUCUGUGCUGAUGAAAGUGCCCCAGAGGAGCCACCACCUCCCAGAAAAAUGAGUGCAAUUGAAAACCAAGAAUUUUCUCAUAACAGCAGACCUGCAGCCUCAUCUGAAAAAUUCACAUCAACGAAGCAACCACCGAGCAACAUUUACUCGUUUUUGCAGCACGCUAAUACAUCUUUAGGCUCGUCCAAGCAUUGGACUCCACCACACCCAAAGCAGAACAUGCAGCCGUCUGCCUUGUCUUCUAAAAAUAUUUCCUCCAUAGGCUUGCCUUCACCAAGAAAGCCACCCAACUCUGGUAAUUCAACUAAGACACUCACCCUUGCUGAGUAUAAAGUGCGAAAGUCAAUGGAGAGUGGUCAUUCUGUUGGGCCAGUUAAAAGGUCACAGCCUGUCAAACUUGGAGUGCCUAAGAAGCAGCUGAGCGUCAAAUCAACCACUGAAACGGUGUCAUCUAGUUGUGAGAAGUCGCAUGCCCUCAAUCCCAUGCAUUGUGGAAUCCCAAAGAAUACUACAGCUGUCCAAAAUAGCUAUGCUAUUGUGGCACCUAUCAACGAAUUGGGUCUCAAUGCACAACCACCCAAAUCACUGAAGGAUAGUCCACAGAGUAGUCGACUGCCUCCCCAGUUGGUCCAGCAAAGGAAAACUGAAGCUAGUAAGGCUCGGAAGCCUUUAGAGCUAUAUAGUGUACCACAAAUACGGUACAAGCAUUUGCAUCGUUUAAACUACUACUAUGUUGAGUCAAGUGAUGGUAAAACUGAAUGCCUUGUCUGCAAACAACGCGUGAAAUACAUCACUUUUCACUACAAAGAAAAGCAUCCAUCAAUAGAGGUCCUGAUUUCAAGAUUGUCACCAACAGCUUUGCAGCAAGCGUUGUCUGAGGUUGAUGAUGUGCCUCCUAUGGAAGGAACCUUCAGGUGCCGGCUUUGUCCUAAACAGCUGGAAUGUCUGAGCACGUUUAAGGAUCACAUUAGCACCCACACUGGAGAAUUCAACUAUUGUUGCUCUGAGUGUAACUUCACUUUCCCUGAGAAAAAGAAUUUUCAAGAUCACUGGAUGAAGUAUCAUUCCGCCAAGCAUGGGCCAACUCCAAACGCCAUUGAAUUGAACAUGUUCCCGCUGCCCAAAUCAGCCAACCAUAUUUCUGGAUAUGUGUGUCCAGUCUGCAAUUGGCUGCAGCUGAAGAAGGAGCGAGUAGAGAAACAUGUUGAGUAUGUUCAUGGAAUUGACACACUCAGGUGCAACAAAAUCAAAGAGAUCAACAUGGUCCCUAGCAAGCCAGGAGAAGACAAGCCGAAGAGGAAAAGGAAUGUUAUUGCUGAUAGCAAGAAUCAUAAUGGUGAAAAGAACCUCAAGAAAACUAAAUCUUCAGGUUCUGCUUUCGAACCGGUAAAAGCUGAAAAAGGCAUUACUGCGAAAGCAACUUUCGUGCAACACAAGAAUGAAGAUGAGUAUGUCCCUUGCUUGAUAUGCAAAAAGCCGUACAUCUUGACAACCAAGAAAUCUGACUGGAUUAAGUGUGUUGCUUGCCAUGGAUGGUUACAUUUUGAUUGUACUCCUUUCAGUAACAGUUGUAAGUCUUGCGGCAUAAAGCAAAAUAAUCAAACAAACCAGAUUAACUUUGAAGCUGCCAGCCAGUGUGACUCUCGUCACAUUGACGAUUACCGAUACCUUGAGGAGCACUAUCGCAUGCUGUCUUCAGUCUCUUAAGUAACUGCCAUUUUCCAUUUUUCUAAAUGGCAUAGAGUUAUAUUUUGAAAACUGAAUAGGCAUGCGAUUGGUUGAAUGAUAUUAUUCUGCUAGGGAUAAUUUGGCCUAAAUAUGAACUUCUUUACUUUCCUCUCUAUCUUAAAAUUUGAAGAAUCUCACUGAAGAAUUCCUCUGAAAAUCAGCUAUUUUAAUUUAGCAAAAAGUUUCAACUUGAAAUUUCUAAUUAUUAAUCGAAAAUGUGUCAGUCAAAUUCUGUAUUAAAAUAUCUGCGA